AUGGGGCAGGUCAUGGGCAUCAUCAUCGGUGCUUUCUCUCAGGCUCAGCACGACCCGUUGGAGAACCUGCGGCUGGCGGUGGAGCGUGCAGAGGCUGCAGGCGUCGAGCAGGAUACGCUCGAUGAUGUGAGGACGAAGCUUGCAGAGCUGGAGAACGAGGUCGGCAAGGAGCUUUCGAUCUCGGUUCGGCAUGCUGUAAGUGGCGAGACGCUCACAGUGGUACGAGCACGACCGUCAGACACGCCUGCCUACCUACGAGAACAUGUGCUGAGAGCUACCGGUGACGGAGGCGUCGCUCUCCACUUCCUCUUCCAGUCGCAGGUGUUGGAUGAGAAGGUCAGCCUCCGAGACUCCGGCCUCGUAGAUGGUGACACGGUCUUCCUGGUUCAGACGCCCUUGCUCUGCCUGACCGCGUCCUUCGACGGAACUGCGAGAAUAUGGUACUUGCAAAGUGGUGACUGCCGGAAAAUGCUGGUAGCGCGACGAGGAGGGCAGGUCCAGUCUGCAACAUUUUCGCACGACGGCUUGAUCCUGCUCACAGUGUCGCUGGAUGGCGAAGGCAAGCUAUGGUGUCCAGAGAGUGGACGGCUUCUCUGUGAGCUUAGUGGACAGGCUGGAGGUGUUUUGUCGGGUGAGUUCUCAGCCGAUAGCAAAUGGAUUACGGGUGCAUCCGAUGAUUGCACCGCUAUAGUUUGGAGUGCCGAGACGGGCAAAUGCUCGCAAGUCCUCUCCGGACAUGAUGACGAUGUUAAGUCAGCUGCUUUCUCCCCGGAUGCCUCACUGGUCGUCACAGCUUCCUGUGAUGGUACCGCUGGCCUCUGGAUGGCAGCAGAUGGAAGUAGACUUCGAUCUUUUGUUGGACAUGACGACGUGGUGAAAUCAGCAAUGUUCUCCUUUGACGGGUUGCGCAUCAUCACGGCGUCCAUGGACGGAACUGCGCGGGUUUGGAACGUUGGAACUGGGGAGUGCCUGCAAGUUUUGCAGGGCCACGCCAAGGCUGUCAAUAGUGCAGCCUUCUCCCCGGACGAUACACUGUACCUCACCACGUCCUUUGAUGGGACGGUUCGUGUGUGGGAGGCAGACGAAGGCGAUUGCAACCUGGUGAUUCAUGCUGACAAUAAAGUCGUGAACACGGCUCAAUUCUCGCCGGACGGAGCAAUGAUCCUCGUUGCCUCGGGCACGGAGUGUGUCCGACUACUAAGUGCAACUACAGGCGAGUGCAUCAUGACUUUGGAUGGUCAUGAAGACUGGGUGAGAACGGCAAACUUCUCACCUGACGGCAUGCUCAUUGCCUCCGCCUCUUAUGAUGGAACGGCGAGGGUCUGGAGUUCGAGAACCGGCGAAUGCUUGCAGACCCUGGCUGGUCAUUCAGAGACAGUGAUAUCCGCCGAAAUAAUUGCGGCCUGA